CGGCCUGGGCCAAGUCGUUAAGCCUCUGAUUAAACAGGAUAUGGGAAUAUUUUUUUCACAUUUCAAGGUGUGUUUUUCUCAAGGGAGGCAAUAACACAGUCAGCUAUGCUACUAUCACUAAGGCUGAUUACACUUCUGCAGGAUAUUCAAACAUAGAUCUGAUCAUAAUCUAAGAUGUAACUUGAGUAUGAUAUUGGGUGAAAAAAUAUGCCUCUAUACCUAGCCCUACUACUUACAGUUCUCGUCAAGGGCGUACUGGUAUUAUGUCAUCCAGAGUGUUCAAAUUCUACUUCUAAUGGAACUAUCUCUGGGAAUGACUGCAAGCCUCUCUGUGACAACGAGUGUGGAAGAAACGCCACCGUUCAGACCGUUCAGACAGAUACUACAGUCCCCACUGCAAUCAGCUGUACCCAUAAACACCUGCACUAUUACAAUAGAGAGAAUAGAGAAAGAGGUAUUAUCGUGGGAGUGGCUUGUGCGGUCAUCAUCGCCGGCCUUGUUGUCGCUCUGGUGUUCCUCUUCAGAAAACGCCGCUGGAGUGUCAUGUCUUUCAGGAGGAUGUCCAGCUGGAGAGCGACAGACAACACAGCCUUUACUCUGCGGGAUGAGCAACACGUCUAAACAUCUGUCGCUUUUAAAGUGUGUGUCGAUUAAGCAGUAUGCUUCAUUCAUGGCCGUAUUAUGAUGAUCAGUGCAUACACUAUUUUUAAUUUCUGUAUUAUUUGUGGAACAUUUGUCCAUUUAAAUUAAGUUUCUGAAACAUUUUCCUCUUGGUCUAUGUUUUAUUAUAUUAGGAGGCAUUUUUAAAAGGAAAUAAAAUUACGCCGUUUAUGCAAAACAUUAACAACCAUUUAUGUAUUUACUAAUAUACACUUAUAAUGUUAUUAACUCAAGCAUUUUUAUGGUCACUUAAAUCUCGUUCAGACGUAUAGGCUUAUCUUCGAGUCUGAAGAUUAAUGAGGUAUGCAUUAAAUAUCAUUGCUACACAAUCUCAGCUACAACCUUCAUAUUUAGCCACAUCCAGGGUAAACUUAACCAAUGUUCGCCUGUGGUCGAUUAAGAUUUUCUUUUCGCCGUUUACGUCUGUUCUCAGCAGCGAAUUUUCUUUGGGUCUUAAAUGUGUCUCCCGCGGCCUUUGUGAGUGACUUCAAGCUUGGUCUAAGACAUGGGUGUUAUAC